GGGACGUUUGGAGAAUGGCUUUACUACAGUACGUCACACUCGGAAUUUCCCCGAUACAUGGGUAUAUAAGACACAAGACGUUUAUCCCAGGACUUGACAGUGAGAAGUACGCAUUCACGAAGAUGCUCUUUACGCAAUCCCCGCUCCGGCUGCUCGCUGUGCUCUUGCCAGUCUCGCUGGUUCGGGCUGCUCCGUUUUCGGGUCCCGCCGAACUGACGGAAACUUCGGGGGAGGAGGUCCCGGAGGGUCUGCCCUGCGUCGGAUUCACAGACUGGCAGAGCUGGACCGAGAUGCUGCUGGCGCAGGUUACAGCUCUCCUCAAGCAACAGUGUCUCGAUAAUUUUAAGGAUUACAAGACUGAGAAUGAAACUUUGUCGGCAUGCAAGAAACAUUUUGAUGACCAAAUCGUGCUUUCUCAGAUCGAUGGAUGUUUACCAUCUAAAUUCAACAAAGAGAAGUGCUUAGCCAGCCUUUCCACAGGCCUGCGGGAGUACGGAGUCUACCUGGAGCAGGUGAGGCACCUGUACCCCGAGCGCACCGAGGACCUGCAGUGGAACACACAGUGUCUGGCCAACGACAUCCUGCGGAGGACGAGGAGCUCCAGGGGCGUGGAGGAGCUGGGCGGACUGCAGCUGCGGAUGGGCCUGCGGAGCGACGAGGGAGGCCGGGCAUGGGAGACGCAGAAGGCCGCGCACAUCGUCUUCAGGGAGCUCGCCCGGUUCCUGCAGCAGGCCUUCCGCGCCGUCCGCUUCCUGAACUGCAGGAGACAGCAGUGCUAGCACUCCGGCCACGAGAGACUGGGACUCUAUGAGCAUGAUCAUUUAUGACACAAGGGGAAGCGUGGAGGAGGGGAAACCAGAGAGACGCCGUUCACAGGGGAUUGCAGGAUCCAUGAUCCGACUCCAUCACAUCCCUCCAGAAUCCUCGGAUCUCUGAAACUUGCGGGGCCAGACAGGCGGGGCCAGAGCUCCGUCUGCUUGAUGCGGGAUCUGCUACCUGAUGCUUCCAUAACUGCCUUUACCACCACAUCAUCCUCCUCCUUUUUAACAGCACUGUGAAAGUAGUGGCGGACUUGGAGAUACUGCAUCUACAGAAAUCUUGAUUCUCCAAAUGGUGUUUCUCUUUUAAAAACUGAAAGCUUUGUAACUGAUUUUUUCUGUUAUCGUACAAAAUGCUGUUAUUCCUUUUGCUAUAAAGUUUAUGAUCCAAUCUA